GACAUUAUUUCUAUCAAUUAUCAAACUAUUCAAAGUCUCUUUCCCCACAUCAACUCUGAACCCGCCUUUAUUUAAUGGCUUAAAUAUUGAUAACGUUUUGAUCAUUACUCACUGUAUUUGAUUAUCGAUUUUCUGCAAAUCUAUAAAAGUCUGCUGUGUGGAUUCUCAUAAAUCCUCAAGAUGUUGCCCAUGUUGGAUUUCACUAAAAUGAAUCGUGGUGAGAUCAUCAUAGUGGGAAAUGCAUUUUGUGUAUUGCUCUCACUGCAUUUCACGAUACAACUUCUAUCACAGCAUCUUUUUUACUGGAAAAACCCUAAGGAACAAAAGGCUAUUAUUGUGAUUAUCCUCAUGGCUCCCAUAUAUGCUGUUGUGUCUUUUGUGGGUCUGAUGGAUAUUCGUGGCAGCAAAGCAUUUUUCAUGACCUUGGAAUCGAUCAAGGAAUGUUACGAGGCUUUGGUCAUUGCUAAAUUUAUGGCAUUAAUGUAUAGUUACUUAAAUAUAUCAAUCAGCAAAAAUAUAGUGCCUGAUGAAAUCAAAGGAAGAGAAAUCCACCAUUCUUUUCCAAUGACACUAUUUCAGCCUCACACUGUACGCCUAGACCACCAUACACUGAAGCUUCUGAAGCUAUGGACAUGGCAAUUUGUCAUGAUUCGGCCAGUUUGCUCCAUCUUAAUGAUAGCAUUACAACUUGCUGGAUUAUACACCUCUACAAUCAGCUGGAUUUUCACAAUAGUCCUCAAUGUUUCAGUAUCACUGGCUCUAUAUUCUUUGGUGGUCUUUUAUCAUGUUUUUGGUAAGGAACUUGAACCACACAAGCCGCUUGCUAAGUUCCUCUGCGUUAAGGGCAUCGUCUUCUUUUGCUUUUGGCAGGGCAUUGUGCUUGAGCUUCUGGUUGCUGUGGGGAUUAUUCGAUCUCGAUAUUCCUGGCUGGAUGUUGAACAUAUUGAAGAAGGAAUCCAGAAUGUGCUAGUUUGCUUAGAGAUGGUCGUGUUCUCUGUUCUUCAACAAUAUGCCUACAGCGCUCAACCUUACAUGGGAGAUGUUGGUAAAUGGAAAACGAAGAAGAAUGAAUGAUGAGAAUAAUCAAGUUUGGUCAUUAUUUAUUAGUUUGACCACGGUCGACACAUGUAGCUGAAGAAAAACUAUUGGGGUUGUGGCCCUGUAUUUUGCAGUAUUAUAGGGAGAAACAUAUUGCUAGAAUGCUAUCAUAUUGAAUAUUUUGAAGUAAUAUGAAUGAAUUGAAUAGUGUAGUUGAAUCUUAGGAAUUGCUCCUUAUGUACCAGAACAAUAAUGGUGCCUAUAAUGAAUGUAAUAAUGUACUGCAUUAUUUAACAGACUAGAGGCCAAGUAACAUACGACAAGAAGCGUUUGGUUUAGUUAA